GCUCAGCGCCACAGAAUGAAGGCUCUGUUUGUUCUCCUCCUCGCUCAGCUCUGCUCGGCAUCGCUGGUCCCAGAGAGGGAGAAGGACCCCGAGUACUGGCGGCGGCAGGCACAGGAGACCCUACGGAACGCGCUGCAGCUCCAGCGCCUCAACCAGAAUGUGGCCAAGAACCUCAUCCUCUUCCUGGGGGAUGGAAUGGGCGUCUCCACGGUCACUGCCGCCCGCAUCCUCAAAGGGCAGCUGCAGCACGGGCAGGGUGAGGAGAGCCUGCUGGAGAUGGACAAGUUCCCCUUCGUGGCCCUGGCCAAGACCUACAAUACCAAUGCCCAGGUGCCUGACAGUGCGGGCACGGCCACUGCCUACCUCUGCGGUGUCAAAGCCAAUGAAGGGACACUGGGGGUAAGCGCUGGUGUCACCCGGGACCGCUGCAACACCACCAAAGGCCAGGAGGUGACCUCCAUCCUUCGCUGGGCCAAGGAGGCAGGCAAGGCUGUGGGCAUCGUCACCACCACGCGCGUAACCCAUGCCACACCCAGCGCUGCCUACGCCCACUCUGCCAACCGUGACUGGUACUCAGAUGGAGAGAUGCCCCCAGAUGCCCUGGAGGGUGGCUGCAAGGACAUUGCCCGGCAGCUGGUGGAGAACAUCCCUGAGAUUGAGGUGAUCCUGGGUGGAGGGCGGAAAUAUAUGUACCCCAAAAAUGUCAGUGAUGUGGAAUAUCCCCACGAGGAGAAGCAUCGGGGCACCCGCCUGGAUGGCAGGAACCUUGUCCAGGCAUGGCGGGAGGCCAAGCCCCAUGGCAAGGUUGCUGAGUACGUGUGGCACCGGCGAGGGCUGCUGGCACUCAACCUCAGCCGUGUCGACUUCCUGCUGGGCCUCUUCGAGCCAGGGGACAUGGUGUACGAGCUGGACAGGAACAACGAGACAGAUCCAUCCCUCAGCGAGAUGGUGUCUGUGGCCAUCAGGAUGCUCCAGAAAAAUCCCCGAGGGUUCUUCCUCCUGGUUGAAGGCGGCCGCAUUGACCAUGGGCACCACGAGGGGAAGGCAAAGCAGGCACUGCACGAGGCAGUGGAGCUGGACAGGGCCAUCGGGCUGGCCUCGCACCUCACAUCCACCCAGGACACGCUCAGCGUUGUCACUGCCGACCAUUCGCAUGUCUUCACCUUCGGCGGCUACACCCCCCGCGGGAACCCCAUCUUUGGUCUGGCCCCGAUGCAGAGCGACGUGGACCGCAAACCCUUCACUUCCAUCCUGUACGGCAACGGCCCCGGCUAUAAAAUUGUGGCUGGAGAGCGAGAAAAUGUCUCUGCCGUGGAUUUUGCACACGCCAACUACCAGGCACAGUCAGCCGUGCCACUGCGGCAGGAGACCCACGGUGGUGAGGACGUGGCCGUGUUCGCCCGUGGGCCCAUGGCCCACCUGCUGCAUGGGGUCCACGAGCAGAACUACAUCCCCCAUGCCAUGGCUUACGCUGCCUGCAUCGGCUCCAACCGAGGCCACUGCAGCGCCGGCGCCCGCCCCGCCACCCCCCUGCUCCUGCCCUUUCUCGGCCUCCUCCUCCUCCUCUGCUAA